CCAUCAUGGGGGAUGCCAGCAUGGAACCAAACAUCUCCACUCCUGACAACACUGCAGAGCAAGACUCUCUCUUCAGCAUGAUGGGCAUGUUUCUCAUCUCACUCAUCACUGGGCUUUUUACUUACUAUUUCUUCUUCCGCAAGAAAAAGGAGGAAAUCCCAGACCUCCCCAAAAUGCAAUCAGUAGCAGCUCCGGUGAGGGACAGCAGCUUCAUUGAGAAGAUGAAGAAGACGGGGCGAAACAUAGUGGUUUUCUAUGGUUCCCAGACGGGUACAGCAGAGGAGUUUGCCAAUCGUCUCUCCAAAGACGCUCAUCGCUACGGUCUCAGGGGCAUGGCAGCGGAUCCAGAGGAGUAUGACUUGUCGGACCUGAGUCGCCUCUCGGAGAUCGACAAGUCCUUAGCUGUGUUCUGCAUGGCCACUUACGGCGAGGGUGAUCCCACAGACAAUGCCCAAGACUUCUACGACUGGCUGCAGGAGGCUGACGCCGACUUGUCAGGUCUCCGAUUCGCAGUCUUUGGGCUGGGGAACAAGACUUACGAGCACUUCAAUGCCAUGGGAAAGUACGUGGACAAGAGAUUGGAGGAACUUGGAGCCCAUCGCAUCUUUGAACUUGGACUGGGAGAUGACGAUGGCAACUUGGAAGAAGACUUCAUCACCUGGAGAGAGCAGUUCUGGCCAGCGGUGUGUGAGCACUUCGGGGUGGAGGCUACAGGAGAAGAGUCCAGCAUCCGCCAAUACGAGCUGGUGGUGCACACAGAUGUGAACAUGAACAAAGUCUACACCGGUGAGAUGGGCCGUCUCAAGAGCUACGAGAACCAGAAGCCACCAUUUGAUGCCAAGAACCCCUUCCUGGCCCAGGUUACAGAGAACCGCAAGCUGAAUGAGGGUGGAGAGCGACACCUUAUGCACCUGGAGCUGGAUAUCUCCAAUUCCAAAAUCAGGUACGAGUCUGGGGACCACGUGGCGGUGUACCCAGCCAACGACUCUUCUCUGGUGAAUCAGAUUGGUGAGAUCCUGGGCACAGAUCUGGACAUGAUCAUGUCCCUCAACAAUUUGGACGAGGAAUCCAAUAAGAAACAUCCCUUCCCCUGCCCCACAUCCUACCGUACAGCCCUGACAUACUACCUGGACAUCACCAACCCACCCCGCACCAAUGUCCUCUACGAGCUGGCCCAGUACGCCACGGACGCCGGCGAGCAGGAGCGCCUCCGCAAAAUGGCAUCGUCUGCUGCCGAGGGGAAGGCUCUCUACCUUAGCUGGGUGGUGGAGGCCCGGAGGAACAUCCUGGCCAUCCUGCAGGACAUGCCCUCGCUGCGUCCCCCCAUCGACCACUUGUGUGAGCUCCUGCCUCGCCUGCAGGCCCGCUACUACUCCAUCGCCUCUUCCUCCAAGGUUCACCCCAACGCCAUCCACAUUUGUGCCGUGACAGUGGAGUAUGAGACCAAGACGGGACGCCUGAACAAAGGGGUGGCCACCAACUGGCUCAAGAACAAGGUGCCCAACAAGAAUGGUAGCAACUCCCUGGUGCCCAUGUACGUCAGGAAGUCGCAGUUUCGCCUGCCCUUCAAACCCGGCACGCCCGUCAUCAUGGUUGGACCAGGAACUGGCAUAGCCCCCUUCAUCGGCUUCAUUCAGGAGCGGGCCUGGCUGAAGCAGCAAGGCAAAGAGGUGGGUGAGACAGUGCUUUACUAUGGCUGCCGUCAUGAGCGUGAGGAUUACCUGUACCGCGAGGAGCUGGCCCGCUUCCAUCAGGAGGGAGUCCUUACCCAGCUCAACGUUGCCUUCUCCAGGGACCAGGCCGAGAAGGUUUAUGUUCAGCACUUGCUGAAGAACAACAAGGAAAAUGUCUGGAAGCUGGUUAAUGAGGGGAACGCUCAUAUCUACGUGUGCGGCGAUGCUCGCAACAUGGCCCGGGAUGUGCAGAACACUUUCUACGAGAUCGUGGCCGAAUUCGGGAACAUGAGCCAGCCCCAGGCCGUGGACUAUGUAAAGAAACUGAUGACAAAGGGCCGGUACUCUUUGGAUGUCUGGAGCUAAGAGUGGGGCUGGCAGGGCUGGGGAGAGA